AUGCCAAGGGCAACAGCACUUCACAUUUGCGACAAGGACCGUAAUGAUGAGUAUGAUUACCGUCCUCAUCCAAGACUUUAUUCAAAAUCAAAAUUCUUGCUUGACUAUCAUGAAAAUGAGGAUUUACUUAUCGACGAUAUGAUUAAAUGCAAACUUUUUGGGGAUGACGAUGGCGUAGAACUCCGAAUCGACAAAAGCUGGAGUUCACCAUCCUCUCAGAUAAUUAUUGGGCUUCCAGCUGCUAUCCACAAAGCUGGCAGGUCACUCGAAAACAUAUGUAUUGAGAUGAUUUGCCCCACCGAUUACAGAACUUUGGCCUCAUUUGAAGGCUUCCAAGAACUUUCCGCUGCGACACAGUGGCUAAAAAAGUUCACAUUCUAUUGCAGAGAAGAAGAUUAUGAAGAUGGGAGUGAUCAGUGGAUACUCACGGAAUUAGAUGGUCUGGUUAAAUAUCUUUCUGCGAUUGUGAACACAAAUGCUCUAGAAAAGGUUCACAUCGAUGUAUCGCAACACGCUAUAGAGCCGGAGCUCUUCCAAAUGGAGACACAAAAUCAAUCGAUGCCUUCUCUGGGAACAAUUUUCACCAGUCAUAUAUGGCCGAAUCUCAGAUCAAUGAAUUUGACCCGAGUACCGCUUCAUCUAUCAGAGCUAGAAACAUUCAUCGACAAUCUAAACUCAUCAGAUAUAGAAAUGAAUAUACAAUAUAUGUAUCUCGUAAGUGGAUCGUGGAGCGAUGGAAUUGAAAUAUUCAAAAGAAAUUCGUUUCAAAAUUUGGUUCUUACAACGCCGACUUUACGGUCGGAGCGCCGAGCAUUACUUGCCAGCGGCAAGCUUUUUUGGGACUGGGAGGAGGGGGAAUUUUAUUGGGACUGUGGCCACUCGCUAGUGGACACUAGAGCAAGUUAUUACUAA